AUGGCACCAAGCUUGCUGCCCGUCGUCAGACGAUUGUCGUUUCCCUCGGGCACUCCAGCCUUCGAAACCGCACGCCAGUCACUCAUCGACGAGUUCUCAGCCAAGGUGCCGCGAGAAUACUACAUCUCCUCCUCCAUCAUCGACCACCCGUCCAAGAAUGUCAUCGGCAUCCCUCGGGAGUCCGGCAUCCUCUCCCAAGAGGAGAUCGACAUCACGGAGAACUUCGACGCCGUCUCCUUGGCGGCCGCCAUUGCGGCGAGGGAAUUCACCGCCGUCGUGGUUGCCACCGCAUUCGCCAAGAGAGCCAUCAUCGCCCACCAGCUGACGUGCUGCCUGACGGAAUGGUUCAUGGAAGAGGCCAUCGACCAGGCCAGGGCUCUGGACGAGCACCUCGCAAAGACGGGAACGACGGUCGGCCCCCUGCACGGGGUCCCCAUCAGCGUCAAGGAGAUGAUCCCCAUCGCCGGCCACCACUCCUCCCUGGGCUUCCUGGUCACCCGUCACAGGGACGAGGCCGACAGCCAGAUGAUCGCCAUCCUGCGAAAGGCCGGCGCCGUUUUCUACUGCAAGACGGCGCAGCCCCAGGGGGUCAUGCACCUGGAGACCGUCUCCCUCCACGGCCGCGUGCUCAACCCUCACAACAUCGACCUGACGGCCGGCGGCUCGACGGGCGGCGCGGCCGCUCUGCUGGCCCUGCGCGGCUCCGUCCUGAGCGUCGGCACCGACAUCGGCGGCAGCAUCAGGGCGCCGGCGAGCUUUUGCGGCCUCUACGGCUUCAAGCCCACGUCGUACACGCUCCCCAUGAAGGGCUUCGUCGGCGCCGACGGGUUCGCCGCGGAGCUCAACGUCCUCGCCUCGGCCGGGCCCCUGGGCGUUUCCCUGCGCGACAUGGAUCUCUUCGUGGCCGCCGUCAAGGCCGCGCAGCCGCACCUGGAGGACCCGCGUCUCGUCCCGAUCCCCUGGAGAGGUCUGACGGGCAGACGGCCGAAGGGGGCGACGCCGCCGCUGAGGGUCGGCUUCAUGAUGGACGACGGCGUCAUCACGCCCCAGCCGCCGGUGACCCGGGCCCUCGACUGGGCGCGCGCCCGGCUGAGCGGCUCACCCGAUUUCGAGGUCAAGGGCUUCGCGCCGUACCGCGUCGGCGAGGCGCUCCGCAACAUCCAGCUGGCCUUCUUCCCGGACGGGGGCAGGCAGAUCAGGGACGCCCUGGCGGCGACGGGCGAGCCCAUGCUCCCGCUCACGCAGUCCGUCAUCCGGGAGGCCGAGUCGGCCGGGCAGGACCUGGACGCGGCGGGCGUCCUCCGGCAGCGGGUGGCGCGGGACGACUUCCGGUGCGCUUUCGCGGCGCACUGGAACGAGGCGGGCGUCGACGUCGUCGUGUGCCCGGCCUACGUCGGCCCCGCGUGCGCGCACGAGACCGGGCGCUUCUGGAACUACACCGCCCUCUGGAACUACGUCGACUACCCGGGUGCCGUCGUGCCCACGCCGAUCAGGGCGCUGGGCAAGGGCGCCGAGGGCUACAGCCCCCGCGGCGGCGACGACGACGACGACGACGACGACGACGACGAGGCGGUGAUGGGCGCUCAGGAUGAGCAAGUCAGGAGGCUCUGGGCCGAGGGCGACUUCGAGGGCGCGCCGGUGGGGAUCCAGGUCGUGGCACGCAAGUAUCACGACAACGACCUCUUCGCGGCUCUCGGGGCGAUGGAGGGCCCUCUGGGACUGGGAGGAGGGAACGCGUUGUAG